CCUCAACAUGUCUGUCACAAAGAAACUGGUGAACAAUGCCAGUUCAGCCGUCGACGAGGCUAUCGACGGUCUCAUCAUGACAGCACCAAAUCUCAUCCGUCUUCAAGGCUAUCGGGUAAUCCUAAGAAAAGACGUGGAGCGUGUAGUGAAGGACGGCAGAGUUGCCAUUCUGUCUGGUGGUGGGAGUGGCCACGAGCCAGCCAUGGGAGGAUACGUUGGACAUGGCAUGUUGACUGCGGCUGUGGCCGGUGAUGUGUUUGCGUCACCUUCUAUUGGGUCUAUUCUGGCUGCUGUACGAGAGAUUGGGCGAGGAAACUGUGGCGGUGUGUUGAUGAUUGUGAUGAAUUAUACUGGAGAUCGAGUGAAUUUUAGACGAGCUCGAGAUCAAGCGAGAAUCGAGGGAAUUAGAGUGGAGAUGGUUGUUGUUGGAGAGGACUGUGCUUUGGCUGUUAGUAGUGAGAAGAGAGGAGGACGACGGGGCUUGUGUGGUACCAUCCUCAUACAUAAGAUUGCAGGUGCGAUGGCAGAGCAAGGUCACUCUCUGGAGGAGAUAGCAGAGGCUGCUGCAACUGCUGCUAGUGAAAUGGGAACAAUGUCGGUCAGCUUGUCUGCUUGUAGUGUUCCUGGUAAAGGUCCUUCGUUUGUACUAGGAGAAGAUGAAAUGGAACUUGGAUUAGGAAUUCACGGUGAAGCAGGCAUAAGACGAGAGAGAAUACAACGAGCCGACGAAGUUGUUGCUACAAUGCUUGACCACCUCACCAGCAGCAAGUCAUACUUGUCACUCAAUGCUGGCGAUCGUGUGGCAUUGGUUGUGAACAACUUGGGUGGCACGUCUUCUCUAGAAAUGUUGAUCAUGGCUCGUGCUGCUGUUCAAUACUUGAUUCGAACUAAAUUGGUCAAAGUGGAUCGUUGCUAUGUUGGACGGUUUAUGACGUCACUGGAAAUGGCAGGGGUUUCGCUCACUCUUCUUCAUGUGACAGACGAGCGUCUUCGAUGUUUAGACUAUUCCAUUGAUGUUCCAGCAUGGUCUGGUCUGAAUGGGUUUACCAACUUGGAAACUGGUCAAUCUCUUGUACCAACUCGAGUUCCACAAGAACAGCCAGCGAGCAAGGAUAUCUCCAAACCUUUUGAUAUCAAUGACAAACUAGCAAAUACAGUCAGGAAGGUGCUGGAGGCGAUUUCUCACGCAUUAAUAGACGUCGAAGAUCAUCUUAAUGAAUUGGAUCGUGGCAGCGGUGAUGGAGAUUGUGGUUCAACUCUGAAGAGAGGCAGUGAAGCCAUUUUGUCUAAGUUGUCGUCAGGAAGUAUCCCGUGUGGUGUACCACCUGAUUGUCUGUCUACUCUGGCGAAGAUAGUCGAAACAAGUAUGGGAGGGUCAUCAGGAGGACUUUAUGGUAGUAUGCUUACUGCGGCUGCAGCUCAUUUUACGAAGGGUGCAAGUUUGGAGACGUUGGUGGAUGCAUUCAAGAUGGGAUUGGAUGCCAUAAUGGAGGACGGUGACUCUCAGCCGGGAGACAGGACCAUGCUGGAUGCACUGGUUCCCGCACACGACACACUGAGAACUCAAAUACUAGCCAAAUCAUCAUUACAACAUGCUGUCUCUGAUGCAGCAAAGGCUGCUCAUGCUGGUGCACAAGCAACAGUAAAGAUGCCAGCUCGUGCUGGUCGUGCCGUGAACGUCAACGCAAGCCAACUGAUGCAGCCAGAUCCAGGAGCAGAAGCUGUAGCCAUCUGGAUGUCAGCUGCAGCUUCCGCUCUCACAUGAACAUGCAGCAUGGGUCAAUGUUGAGCAUAUGAUUGCCACGGUUGUAAGCACAGUUUGUAGAGUUUAUAGUCAAGCUGUGUGGCAGUAUGAUUGCAAUAUGUGUACUUGUUGAUACAGUACUGUAUAUGAUUUUGAUAUUUAUAGUGACGUUGUUAAUUAAUUAAUUUUUGCUGCAUACAAUCGAAUGAAUGUUUGUUUUUAUAAA